CAGCCAUUUUGCUGCUGAAGCUGAGAGUUGAGCUCUGUCGCUAGCGGCAGCGGUUGGACAGGGUGAGGAAGAUAGGCUUCUUAUUUUAUAUAUCCACAACUAUUAUACGGCCACGGCGAACGAAGCCGCCGUCUGAAAGCAGCCUCUUCCCCCCAGAAAAUGUCGGAUUUCGACAGUAACCCGUUCGCGGACCCGGACUUCAGCAACCCGUUUCAGGACCCAUCAGUCACUCAGGUAACGCGGAGCAUCCCUCAAGGUCUGGAAGAAUACAACCCUUUCACAGAUGCCAAAACGGCCCCCCCAGGCACAAGUUCUAAAGCGCCUCCAGCCGCAAGCACGCAGCCUGCCAUCAUGAAACCCACAGAGGAGCCGCCGGCCUACUCCCAGCAGCAGCAGCAGCAACAUCAGCAGCAGACAACGCAGGAUCAGGCCCGUGCUCAGGCAGAGCUUUUGCGGCGGCAGGAAGAGCUGGAGAAGAAGGCCGCCGAGCUCGACCGACGAGAGAGGGAGAUGCAGUCACUCAGUGCAGCAGGGGGAAGAAAAAACAACUGGCCUCCACUUCCAGAGAACUUCCCUGUCGGCCCAUGUUUUUACCAUGAUAUCGCAGUAGACAUACCUGUAGAGUUUCAAAAGACGGUCAAGAUAAUGUACUACCUAUGGAUGUUUCACACGGGGACGUUGUUCGUGAACAUAUUUGGCUGCCUUGCCUGGUUCUUUGUGGAUGCUGAUCGAGGAGUGGACUUUGGUCUGGCUAUGCUCUGGUUCCUGCUCUUCACACCCUGCUCCUUCGUCUGCUGGUACAGACCCUUGUAUGGAGCUUUCAGGAGCGACAGCUCCUUCCGCUUCUUUGUGUUCUUCUUUGUCUAUAUCUGCCAGUUUGGCGUCCAUGUACUGCAGGCCAUCGGUAUUACAGGCUGGGGGAACAGCGGCUGGAUUUCAGCACUAACCGGUCUGAAUAAGAGCAUUCCGGUUGGCAUCAUGAUGAUUCUCAUAGCGGCCCUUUUCACAGCCUCUGCCGUCAUCUCGCUGAUCAUGUUUAAGAAGGUCCACGCACUGUACCGCACUACUGGCGCCAGCUUCGAGAAGGCCCAGCAGGAGUUUGCUACGGGCGUCAUGUCUAACAAGACAGUGCAAACGGCUGCAGCCAACGCUGCUUCCAGUGCAGCUCGUGGGGCUUUCAAAGGGCAGCAGUUCUGAGCAGCCGGUCCCAGGUGUCAGCACUUUGGUCCUCUGUGAACAGAGCCACAUCAACCCACUGGGCUGUGUGGAGGCUUGACUCUUCCCCAAUGCUUGCUCCACACACUUAACAGUGGAAAAUAUCUCCAAUACUUUCCCCUCCAUGUCAUUAAGCAUGUUUGUUUACAUCCCUGUCCCACUCCACUGUGCCCUUUCAUAAAAGAUCCCAGAGAGAAAUCUUGUCACAAAGUUGCACUCCUGCUGGUAUUAAAUCAUUUCCCUGGUGGUUGGUUUGAAGAUAAGUGAGUUAUAGCAAAGGUUUGCAGAAGAAAGGCACUUGAUGGUGGGACAGGAUGUGAGGACCAUUUCAUCCACCCUCUGUCCAGGUCUGAACUAAAGGUUUCAUAUUUUGGAUCUCAGUGACAAAAGGCUUCAGUGGAAAUGUUGAUUAGCACAAACAAACUGUUGAACAAAUGUGGUAACUUGCUAGAGAAACCGGCUGCUUCAUGUUUUUCCUGUCAUGUUCAGAAAAGUUGUUCAAAGGGCCUUUAUUUUCUCAUUCCUGUUUUAAGCCUCUCAGAGGGAGCUGGCUUUUGCUAGUGGACUUACUAGGUGCUCCAGGCUGUAGUUGUUACGGUUGUUCUUACUGCAGGAAAAAGGUGUAAGCAGAUGUGGGAGGUCAGGGCUGUACUGCACUGUCUGUGGAGUGUAUAGCCCCUUUUUCAUCCAUUUUCCAUCCAUAAUCUAUCCCUGUACCAUUAAUUUUUGAAAAGUAAGAAACUUAAAUGGUCUAUAGUGGUCAGAUGGUCUUAGACUAUUUUUCAAAGCCUGUUUGUGACACUUAAUGGUGAACUUUACUAGCUUGAGUAUUAUUAAUAAUGGCUUCUGGCCUGGAUUGACCAUCUCUAAGUUGCAGAAGCACUGCUUAUGCAGAUACAUGCAUUACGUGAAACUCCUAACCACCUAUUUCUGAAAAUCAUUUAGUUUUCUGCUGAGAAUUGGUUCCCCCCCCCUCAACUUUGUGCGUCUUGUCCCUGAAGUCCCCUGGUUGACCUUUUCUUAUUCUUAAGUCAGCGUUUCAAAGCAUUUUUUUUUUAAAUUUUUUUUAAUUUAAUGGAAUAGUUUGACUUUUCCUGUCUGUUAAAUUCCAGCUCUAGUUUGUGAAUCCACUGGAACCCCAUUUGGUAUAUUGUAACUACACUGUUAACUCAGUCCCAUUCCCUCAAAUGUGAUUAAACCUUUAUUCAUUGUUAGGAUCACCUUUCAGUCUUUGGCAUUUACAUGAGAAGGUCAGAAACUGAACAAGUCGUGCAUUUACUUUGCACACUUUCCAUUUAUUUUUUGCAUUUUUACUAUCGGUAUUGUUGUUACUCUGGUUUUGGCCAUGACUGAAACAAUUUUCAUUUCCCCUUUAGCGUGAAACAGGUUGUCAUUUGAAUGCAAAUUUUGCAUUUUAAUUCACUUUGUCAGUGCUGAACCCUUGUGAUGAUGGGACAGGAGGCCAAGUGGUUAUUUCUGUACAGACCUGCUGUCCCUCAUUCAGUUGCUCUCAGACCCCCAGGAUUCAUCCUCAGCUCAGAUCUGUUUGACUCAGCAGCAUCUUCGUUUAUUGUACUGCACUGAGAAUAACAAUAAAUAAGGUGUCCAUUUCAAAACUUGGAUCAGACUUGGAUAGGAUUGCAGAACUCAUCCAGCUGCCAGGGUGUACAAAUGUUGUGCACCAGAUUUUCUCAUAGUGCGCAAGUCUUUGCUGCGAUUGGCUCUAGGGCUUCAAACAUGUCGGUACGCUUGUGUCCCAAAUGUAAAAACUUGAUUCCACAAAAUACAAUCCAGCCUUUUUACAAUUAUCAAAUAAAAAAUAAACCAGGAAUGCUCAGGACAUGUAUAUCAAAUGCAUGGAAAAAUGUAGCACAGUUGCCAAUAUGCUAGGUAAUUUGCAUGACUGGUAUAAGAAUUGAAGGGUGAAGGUGCAGGAAUGCAUGAUGAUACUACAGAUAUUACAUCUGUCCCAGCUGCACAAAUGUGAAAACAUCCAUCUCUGCUGCGGUGGUGGUUUGGGGGAGUGAUGUGAAACAUUAACUUGAUUUUUGUCUCUUAAAUAUGUGGUAAUGGCAUCUGCUUCAGUGAGAAGGGAGGCAUUUGAAUUCAUCGCAAUUUUGGCUUAAGCGGUUUCAUCUUGUAUAUUAACUCCCCCCCCCUUGGUUUUUCUCCCUUUGACCUGUUUCCAGGUCUCCUGACAUAACCUGGGUGACAGAGGGGUUGAACUUAGAUUUUUAAAAUUUUAUUUAUUUCAUAUUCAGUUUUUUGAAUUUGGAAAAUAGAAUCUUAUGCAACAUGGUUGUAGAGAGAACAGAUGUGUCAUUAGUUUACUUUGGAUUACUUUACCUGUUACUGAACAGUAAUUAUCAAUGUAGAACAAAUGGUCUCCUUGUUCUUCCUGAAACCUUAAUAGGUCAUCCAUGAAAGAGUGGUUGGACUUUGAAAAAAAUGUUUAAUUUUUUUUAAUUCACAAUUUUGUGUGUAACUACUGCAGAUAUCAAGUUUUUCUCCUUUGUUUAAAAAAAAAAAAAAGGUCCAAAAUGUAGGCUUUUCUGCCAGUUGAAAUUGGGUCGUGUGAGAAUGAACUGAAACCAUAGUCAUUAAGCUAGCCAUUUUAAAAUCGUGUUGGACUGUUGCUUCCAGAUACUUGAUUUUAAAUUGGUAACGAAGUGUGUGCAGAUCACACUGAAAAUGAAAACAAUUGUAAGCUGCAUAGUAGUAUUGACUUUUGCAUCUUUUAAUUGGACUUAAGAGAUGUUUGUAUAUUUUGUAAAUUUGACAACUGGUCUGGCGUUGUCCUGUACAAAUGCACUUGUCUUUUUCCCCUAUUGCAUGUCGAGUAGUUUUCAGUUUUGUAUAUGUAUUGAAUUAACACAAAAUAAAACAGCUACUUCAUUCACUAAUAAUGGCACCAUUCUGUAUAGUACACUUUGUGGAGCUGCUUUACUUGAUUUACACACUUAAUAUCUUCUCAAUGUCUUCAGGAUGACUCUUCCAUGUUUGUUGUAAAUAGAAUAUUCAUUUGUUUUACGACAUUAAAAAGUGAUGCCUCAAUUUGGCAGUUGGAGGCUGGCUAACUUAUUUCAUUUUCAUUAAUUUAAUUUUCAAUUAAUUAGCUGAUUCCUUUCUCCGAAUAAACAGUCCAGUCGUUUUUUUCUAUUUACACAGCAGGGCAUUCUUACUGGAGUAAUUUGCAGUAAGUACAAUAGUCAAGGAGUAGGGAUUUGAACCUAGGACCUUCAGCUUGCAAGAGGGCAACUCUCUAUGGGACAUGGUAACAAGGCAAGACACUGGUUUAUAAAGAUAUGUAUUUGGAGCCUUAGAAAUCCUUGAGGGCUGUCAGUUGCUCAGUAAUGUCAGUUUCCAUCUGCAAGUGCGCGUGCUAGUCUAAAUGAAAUUUUUUUUGGAAAUUUGCUGACAGUUUUCUGUCAGGGCUCUUGUCAUGCCUCACUUAAACAUUUUCUUCUGUAGUCUGACAAGGUGUGUGUACAGAUGUGCCCUUCACCAUUAAAGUGAAGCUGAUGCUGUAGACCUCAAAUUAGUUUGGCCCCAAGUUCAGUGUUUGCCAGCCUCGGAUUCUUCUCUGCUUCCAAGCUGUCAUUGCUCAGCUGCGUAUGAGUCACAUCUCACACUCUGAAGGACAAAAAUUCAGGUUCUCCCUCUUUCACCAAGCAAAUGAUCAAGUGUCAGUGUAGGAGCACUGUGUGAGGGUGCAGUAGGGCACCACAGUCUUUACCACAAAGCGCCACUAGAGGGCGGUGUGUCACUGGAGAUGUAAAGCCUCUAUUGUAUCUUCAUAAAUCAAUUAGAUAGUUGAACUUGUUUAAUGUUAAGAAUUGUUGCUGUUU